AUGGCUCAUUGGAAAGAGUUGGCCGAAUGCGCUCCGCUAACCAUUGGCAAUGCUGCUGUAUCCAGUGGCCCAUAUAGAGUGAACAGCAUCGUCAACAUCACAUGUAACGCAGGCUUUGAGCUCUCAGGAAGCGCAGUGGUCAUAUGUCUGGACAGCUUGAAAUGGUCUUCCUUGCCGAUUUGCAACCGAGUACCACUACUACCAGAAUGCCCUGUGCUGGUUGUUUCCAAUGCAACCGUGUUAAGCGGCUCAAAUAAAGUUAACAGUAUCCGCAGUGUCUCAUGUAAUGCCGGCUUUGAGCUCUCGGGCAACUCAAUGGUCAUAUGUAUGGCCAGCAAGAGUUGGUCCACCUUGCCUGUUUGCAACAGAGUACCAGAAUGCCCUUUGCUAAUUGUUAAUAAUGCGGUUGUGUCAGGAGGCUCAACGAGAGUUAACAGUAUUCGCAACGUCUCAUGCAAUUCCGACUUCGAGCUUUCGGGUAGCUCUUUGGUCACAUGUCUACCUAGUGAGGAGUGGACUACCUUGCCAGUUUGCAAUCGAGUGCCUCAAUGUCCACCGUUAAGCAUUAGCAAUGGAAUCGUGUCAGGGGGCUCAAAUACAGUGAACAGCAUCAGCAGCAUCACAUGUAAUGCCAACUUUGACCUCUUGGGAAACUCAAUGGUCAUCUGUCUACCCACCGCGGCUUGGUCUUCACCUCCUGUGUGCAAUCGAGUGGUAGAAUGUCCGACGCUCACUGUUAAUAACGCAGUACUGGCAGGCAGCUCAAAUACAGUGACUAGUGUUCGCAACAUCACAUGUAAUGACGGCUUCGAGCUUUCGGGUAACACAAUGGUCACGUGUCUUCCCGGUGCGGAGUGGUCUUCCACACCAUCUUGCAAUAGACUUGUGCAGUGUGGUUCUCUGCAAGUGUCCAAUGGAAAGGUCUCGGAAGGAGGAAACACUGUCAGCAGUGUGCGUACCGUGACCUGCAAUCUUGGAUAUGAGCUGGGCAGUGAUCAGACAGCAGUGUGUUUGGCGAAUGGCACUUGGUCCAGCAACCCAGUGUGUACAGACGGCACGAACUCAUGCCCUAGAUUACUCGCUCCAGCCAAUGGGCGGAUAGACACAGGGACUGAAGACAUCGGCAUUCCAAGAAUGUACUCCUGUUCUGACGGGUACAUAAUAAUGGGUUCACCAACAACAGUGUGCUUGCAAGGUGGAAAUUGGUCUCAUCCAGCUCCAGCCUGUGUUCGCCCAUGUUCUGAGCAACAGACCACAACAUCCACCAUUGUUGCAGGAGCUAUUGGGUUUCUUGUCGGCUUGAUUAUUCCUGGCACUUUUAUGAUAGUUUAUCAAGCGCGACGCAGAGGCCCAUCUAAGAUCACAACGGCAAGCAGCAACGAACCACCAACGGUUUUUACGAGCAAAUUGACAGAAAAUGAUGCUUACGAGAUGACCUCAACUGCAGUGGAAACAAACCAAGAGCCCCAGUACGAAACAAUGUGCCAGAGUUAGCCAUACAUGCUUUCUAUACUUUUUCCUCUUCUCUUCUACGUUUUCUGCAUCUGGAGCACUUACCACUAUUUUGCAUAUUCUUUCCAUACAGCCUAUCGUCCGUUGGAAUGAGCAAAAUUUCGGAUAAGAGAAAAAGGCGCUGUUUGCCGACUGCUUACUUACUAUUUCAAUACAUUUAGCUUUCUUGUUAGAAUUUGUAGCCCCAUAGCAGCCCGGGGAUCUGUUGCACUAAACCUCCAAGCCGUUACACAUGGACUGUACGAUUUUCUGUCAUAUUUUCACUAAGAAGGGCAGCAUAGAAUGGACACGUUCGGAUCGCAGCACUUGACAGAAGACGCCGACAGGUUUGGAAAAGAGUGCACAAAAACGGGCAGCUCUGUGCCCUUCUUGCAAAGCUGUGCGUUGAAAGUAGGUGGCAUAAUACAGCAUAUUUUACCAACUGCCGCCGAGCAUGCUGUGCUCGAGGACUGAUACCAACCAGAUUGUCCUUGAAAGUCGCCAAUUGGACAUUCUAAAUUGUCGAAUACAAUCAAUGUGCCACUUACUGGAGGUUUAGUGAAAAUCAUUUGCUGUUCUUUUUAUGCGGGACUUAUUUAGUACUUUUCAAGAGCAGUAAGACAAAAUGCAGCCACAUCUUCUCUUGUGUAUGACUACCUUUAGCCUCUAUGAUAUCUAAGGCCUAAUAAUUUUCUGAUAUCACGCUACCACGCUAUCUUUUUAUACAUUGUGAAUGCUUGUAAUAAUUUUUUCUUGCCUACCCUGCUUGCAACAUGUACGCUUUUUCACGCCUCUUCUUAUCGCUCAUAGCUGGAGACACUUACUCUA